GCGGGGAAGCGGCGGAAGGAGCCCCACAGGGCUGCGGCGGGAGCCCAGGAAGCCACUGGGGGAAAAUAAAUCUGAGCUUCCUUAAAAACGUGUCUAUGAGAUACACAUCGAAGAUGGAGCUUCGGCCCGUGCUUCUGAAGCCUCAGCCGACGGCCGCGGCGGUAACAGGGCCGCCUCCCUCCGCCAGACAUGUCGUGCUACAGCCCGUGCGCGCCGGCUGCCUGCGGCCCAGCCCCGCUUGCCAACAGCUGCAACGAGCCGUGCGUCCUGCGCUGUGCCGACUCCAGCGUUACCAUCCAGCCCUCGCCAGUGCUGGUGACGCUGCCGGGCCCGAUCCUCAGCUCCUUCCCUCAGAGCACCAACGUGGGGUCCAGCGCCUCGGCUGCCGUGGGCAGCUCUCUCAACGCUGCCAGCGUGCCCAUCGCUUCCGGAGGCUCCCUGGGGCACGGGGGCUUUGGCUGGGCCGGGCUGGGCCGGGGCUUCUGCGGGCCUCUGGGACGGGGCAAUCGCUGGUACUGAAGCCCGCCGACGGGCUGCCCGUGGCCCAACGGCCUGGAGCAUGGCUGGACUGGAGGCUUUCCUCACCACUUCUCUCAACUUCACUCAGCCUUCCAGCUG